UGUCAAGUGCAUUUACGGCAUCUACUGGAAACAAGUGAACUCCCUCCGCGUCUGGCCGCAGAUCCUGACAGCGAACAGAGAGACAGCCUCGGUUGUUUUUUUCUCUGUCCAGCAGAAGUCCGACUCAGCAGGAGGAAUGAUAACCAGUUAGCUAACGGACAAAAACUGUUGGGUUUCCUUGUUUUAACGCCUCUGGUUAUUUUGUUUAACAAUGAAUUUACUACCGUCAAAUCCACAUGGUAAUGGGCUUCUUUAUGCUGGAUUUAACCAGGAUCACGGGUGCUUUGCUUGUGGAAUGGAGAAUGGAUUUCGUGUCUACAACACAGAUCCUCUCAAAGAGAAGGAGAAGCAAGAGUUCCUGGAGGGAGGGGUUGGUCAUGUGGAGAUGCUGUUUAGGUGUAACUACCUGGCACUAGUGGGAGGCGGGAAGAAACCCAAGUACCCAACUAACAAAGUGAUGAUCUGGGACGACCUGAAGAAGAAGACGGUGAUAGAGAUCGAGUUCUCGACAGAGGUGAAAGCAGUGAAGCUUCGGCGCGACAGGAUUGUGGUGGUCCUAGACUCAAUGAUCAAAGUGUUCACCUUUACACACAACCCCCAUCAGCUGCACGUGUUUGAGACCUGCUAUAACCCCAAAGGUUUGUGUGUGCUGUGUCCCAACAGCAACAACUCUCUGCUGGCGUUCCCAGGAACGCAUUCGGGCCACGUGCAAAUAGUAGACCUGGCCAACACAGAGAAGCCCCCCGUCGACAUCCCCGCCCAUGAGGGGGCGCUGUGCUGCAUCGCACUCAACCUGCAGGGAACCAGAAUAGCCACAGCAUCAGAAAAAGGGACUCUGAUCAGAAUCUUCGACACGUCCGCAGGGCAACUCAUCCAGGAACUGAGGCGAGGCUCACAGACGGCCAACAUCUACUGUAUCAACUUUAAUCAGGAUGCAUCCCUGAUCUGCGUGUCCAGCGACCACGGCACGGUGCACAUCUUUGCUGCUGAGGACCCCAAAAGGAACAAACAGUCAAGUUUGGCAUCAGCCAGCUUCCUCCCCAAAUAUUUCAGCUCCAAGUGGAGCUUCUCCAAGUUCCAGGUGCCAUCGGGCUCUCCCUGCGUGUGUGCCUUCGGAACAGAACCCAACGCUGUCAUAGCCAUUUGUGCCGACGGCAGCUACUACAAGUUUCUGUUCAACCAAAAGGGGGAAUGUUCCAGAGACGUGUACGCCCAGUUCCUGGAGAUGACCGACGAGAAAAUAUGACCCUCGUGACUUCCUGUAGAGCAACACUUUUUUUUUUUUUUUUGCUUUUGCUUUUCUUUUUCUGAGGAAGUAGAAGUCCUACUUUGCACUUGAAGUUAUCUGCAGAGACUCUGAGAAAACAGAGCAUCAGAUGAAGAGGACAAAGAAAACAAAGCACAGACUUUUUUUUUUUUGUGGGGGAGGGGAGACAUGACGUGUCGGCUUUUCUCUCUAAACAAACCUAUGGCAAUGAGGGAAAGUUAUUUUUCUGAAAUUAAAACGACUUUUAAGAUGUCUUCCGAGGAGUUUCAAUAGGAUGGCUAUUUUUAUUCCCACAGACCAUCCUGGCAGUUAGACGGCUUGGAUAACUAACACCACCUAACCAAACUACAGGGAGAGUGCCUCUAAAACUGAAGAGAAUACGUAUGUGUGAACAUAUCGUUGGCAGAUGUACACAUACACACAUGUGCUCGCGUGUAUACCGGUGUAUAAAAUGAGUUGUGUGCAAAGCAGGAUGGGAAAGGAGCAGACUGAUCCUGCUUUGCCAAGCAUCACCUUAGCGUUUUCUUUGUUGCUGUAUAUACACCUGACUGAACUGCUAACCACACAGAGCUGUACAAAACAGUAGCUAAAAAAAUUUACCUUUAUUUUUGUUUCUUUUUUUAUUAUUUGUUGUGCAAUACCUUGUUUCCCUGAAUGGUUCAUCUUUGGUUGGAAAUUUGUGAGCAAAGCAGGAAAAACUUGAUCUAUUUUGAGAGAGAAGUUCUUUGCACAGAUUUGGUUAAUGGAAUAAUUACACCAUGAAUAGGUUCUGUCAGCUGGCAAACGUUGAGCCAUACCCAGACUGUUAUGUUUGCAUGUGAAGAUUUAGUUUAAUCAAUUUCUGAUCAGAUUUUGUUGUGAGAGCCUCUUCAAAAGGCCCAGACGAGCUGUAAGAAAAAUCAAGAACGAUUUGACUUGAUUAUCGGCUGCACUUAGUGAUUUCUAUUCCAGAUGAGAUCACUGGAUUCUGACUGGUGUUACUGGUCACCCUGUGCACCCUCCUGGCUACACUGGUUUUGUUGGUGUCUAAUUCCACUUUGUUCUGUAGAAUGUGUCACUCUGCCAUUUGAGCUGAUCCACCAGAAGCUCUGGAGAUGUCUGUCUGCAUCCACUACAGCGAAACUAGUUGACUGAGGAGGAACUUCCCCCCUAAACUUGUCACAGCCUUCAGUUGAUUUGUUCCAAAAACACGUUUUAUUUUUGUUGCUUCCUGCGUUCGAGCUGUGCUUUUGCAGGCAUCACGCUGAGCAUCCACAGCGCUCGGCGAACCACAGGAGGAAACUCAGCCAACUGGUUUCGGAUACACAGAAUGAUUGUAAAAUGUGCAUUUAAAUCUGUGAAUAAAAUUUAACAUCUGAUUUUCCA